GGGAGGCAUUAUUAAAGGUAGGUGUGGGGCUCAUAAGUCUUGGGAGUGGCAAACUUGAAGCAGGUGUAUUUGUGAUGGGCCGUCAACCUUGCUGCGACAAGCUGGGCGUGAAGAAGGGGCCAUGGACAGCCGAGGAAGACAAGAAGCUCAUCAACUUCAUCCUCACCAAUGGCCAAUGUUGUUGGCGGGCCGUGCCUAAGCUCGCCGGUCUCCUCCGAUGCGGCAAGAGCUGUAGGCUUAGGUGGACUAAUUAUCUUAGACCCGAUCUCAAAAGGGGCCUCUUGACAGAAGACGAGGAGAAGCUUGUCAUAGAUCUCCAUGCCCGCCUUGGAAAUAGAUGGUCGAAGAUUGCUGCAAAAUUGCCUGGAAGGACGGAUAAUGAAAUAAAGAACCAUUGGAACACUCACAUCAAGAAAAAGCUCAUUAAGAUGGGCAUUGACCCUGUGACUCAUAAGCCGCUGCAUCAAGAAGCUAACCAUAUUGCCCAACCUGCCGUUGGCCCACCGCAAUCAACCGUUCAUCAGUCACUAUCUUCGGCAUUAAGGCCACUUGAGAAUUGUUCGAGCGAUGAGUUGCGGUCUUCCGACAACACCAGCAUCGAUGAAGAUCCACUAAUGAGUUGCUUGUGGGGGGAGGAAGUCCAGCUGAUCGACGCGUCGUGGAAGUUUCCGAGCUCCGACGGUUAUUUUAGUAAUACUGUGGCGUCUUUCUGGGAGGAGAAUUGUGAAUGGUUCUCGGAUUGCCAUGAAUUUAGGAUUGCGGACUUGGGUUUGGAGUGUUUGGAGAGCAUGGGUAAUCCUGACAUGACUGGGAAGGGCUGACAUGCGCCGUGGGAAUGUUUUAUGCCAGAUGCUCUACAUGCUUGGGGUUAUUCCCUUUUCUUCUUCUUUUUUUUUUUUUUUGUAUAUUUUCUUUUAUUUAAGUAAUUGGUUGGGCCGCCAUUACAGAUAGUCGUACCAUCAGCUAUGUAUUGAUAUUGACAUUGUGUCCCGCUGUAUGUGUGGAUGGGCCUGAUUUUCAUAUUAA